AAAGAGCCGACUUCCUGGAUCGAAAAACCCCUCAACCAAUUCUCCCAAGGAAGGCUGAUAGCGGAUUGUCGAGCCAGAACUUGAUUGAUUCUUUUAGAGAAAAAAAACUAAGAGCCCCAAGAUGUUCAAGUCGAUAGUGAUCGUUGCUUUCAUUAGUAGCUUAUUCAUGUCGUCCGCCGUGGAUGGUUACACGCUUCAUUUCAAGAACAACUGCAAGUUCCCGGUAUGGCCAGCGGUAGGAAAAGCCCCAAAUGGGCAACCCGACCCGUCGGUCUCCUACGGCACGAAGCUCAAUCCGGGAGGCGAAAGCCAAUUCAACGUGAACGACCGGGAGAUCGGAAUCCGCUCGUGGGGACGCACAGGGUGUGAUGCGAAUGGUGCCAACUGUGCCACUGGAGCCUGUCGAGGUGGGCUUCGUUGUAACGAUGGCGGGAUCACCUCGAAGGUGUUGCUUGGCGAAUAUGGAUAUCAAUCCUUUGGCAAUGUGAUCUCCUGGGACCUUUCUCGGGUCGAUGGUUCCAUCAACAUCGAUACUUCAAUCAGCAAUGAUAGAAACGUCAAAACCUGUAGGAAAAAUAACUGUCCAACUGACCAGGCUUUCGCUCAACCAAACGAUUUCCAAGCGGUCACCACCAGUCCGGUGGGUUCGACGUUCAGAACCACGUUUUGUGCUUGAUGUGAAGAUAGCCCAUAGCUCGAAUACUCCACCGCUUUUCCCACUUUAAAUCUGAAGCUGUUGGCACCUGACCAAAUGAAUUCUAAGAUGUAUCGAGAGUUUGUAUUCACUAACUCAAAAAAAAAAUUCUUGACAAUGUGAAAUGAUUGCAAUUAUCUGGAAGAUUUGGUUAAAUUUCUAAACACAACAAGAAGAUCUGCUCUCUAUUCAGUGGCCAUACCUGUAAAGAAACAGUGCACAUCAUAAAAUCACAAAAUUUC